AGAAGCAACGAGACAUCAUCAUGCCCGAGCCAGCAAAGUCAGCGCCCAAGAAGGGCUCCAAGAAAGCCGUCACCAAGACCGCAGGGAAGGGCGGCAAGAAGCGCAGAAAGUCCAGGAAGGAGAGUUACGCCAUCUACGUAUACAAGGUCCUGAAGCAGGUCCACCCCGACACCGGCAUCUCCUCCAAGGCCAUGGGAAUCAUGAACUCGUUCGUGAACGACAUCUUCGAGCGUAUCGCCGGAGAGUCCUCUCGCCUGGCCCACUACAACAAGCGUUCUACCAUCACCUCCAGGGAGAUCCAGACCGCCGUGCGCCUGCUGCUCCCCGGUGAACUUGCCAAACACGCCGUGUCCGAGGGCACCAAGGCCGUAACCAAGUACACCAGCUCCAAGUAAACAGCGCAUUUGGACUGCUCUACUAACCCAAAGGCUCUUUUAAGAGCCACCCACUCUGUCAGUAAAAAGAGCAUUUCCAUCGCCACCGAAUGAAUGCGCAGGUAGGCUGCGUUACAUUGUAGGACCGCGGUUACAUUGUAUCAUUGUUUAAUGGGCG